UAAACGUCAUUGCAGUCCAGGCGGUCCUAUUAUCAUGACGGACACUGUUGUACCCCGGAUUCAAAACAGAAAGCACUCCAAAAAGUAAACAUGGCGCGAUCCAAUAAGUCUGCUUUAGUGCUGUGUAUGGAUGUGGGGCUAUCUAUGAGUAAUUCUGCCCCAGGACAAGAAUCUCCUUUUGACCAAGCCAAGAAAGUCAUUCAGAAGUUUGUACAGCGCCAGGUGUUUGCAGAGAAUAAGGAUGAACUGGCUCUGGUGCUGUUAGGAACAAACCAAACCAAAAAUUCUCUGGCCUCUGAUGGUCAGUAUCAGAACAUUUUUGUUCAUCGACACCUCAUGAUUCCUGACUUCAACCUGCUAGAGGAGAUUCAGAAUGGAAUUCAUCCGGGGGACCAGCAGGCUGAUUUUCUUGAUGGCUUGAUAGUUUGUAUGGAUCUCCUGCAGAAGGAAACACUUGGGAAGAAGUAUGAGAGGCUGAACAUUGUAAUGCUUACAGACCUUUAUAGCCCAGCUAGCUUGGACCAGCUGGACACCAUCAUAGAAAACUUAAAGAGAACUGGAAUCACUUUGCAGUUCAUUUUGCCAUUCUCUCUUGACUUGGAGGAUGCGAGUAGAAGCAGUGGGGAUGCAGGGGAUCCCAGGUCUCCUCAUUACUCUGGGAAAGGGUUGACACAGGAGCAGAGAGAAGGCGUGAAGAUAGUGAGACAAAUCAUGACCUCUCUGGAUGAGGAAGAUGGUCUGGACGAGGUUCAUAUCUUCAGUGAGGCCAUAGAGCAUCUGUCUAUCUUUAAAAAGAUAGAAAGGAGGCCGAUGGCUUGGCCCUGUCAACUCACUAUUGGAAGCUCGAUCUCCAUCCGCAUUGUGGGCUAUAAGGCGGUGACCGAGGAGAAGAUUAAGAAGAACUGGAUGAUGGUGGAGGCUCAGACACAAAAGAAAGAUGACGUGAAGAGGGAGACUGUGUACUGCCUCAAUGAUGACCAAGAGACAGAAGUUGCCAAGGAUGACACUAUACAAGGUUUUCGUUAUGGGAGUGAUAUUGUUCCCUUUUCUAAGGUGGACCAAGAGCAAAUGAAAUACAAGUCUGAUGGAAAGUGCUUUGCUGUGUUGGGGUUCACAAAGCAGAAUCAGUUCCAGCGUCACCUUUUCAUGGGCAGUCAAGUCGUAAAGGUGUUUGCACCCAAGGGUGACGAGCAUGCUGCAGUAGCUCUCUCGGCCCUGAUCCAUGCUCUGGAUGAGCUACAGAUGGUGGCAGUGGUUCGUUAUGCCUAUGACAAGAGGGCAAACCCACAGGUUGGCGCAGCGUUCCCCUGCAUUAAGGACAAGUAUGAGUGCCUGAUGUAUGUCCAACUGCCAUAUAUGGAGGAUCUCCGGCAGUUUAUUUUCCCAUCUCUAGAGAACAGCAAGAAGUUUGCUCUAUCAGAGGAGCAGCUGUCUGCUGUGGAUUCGUUGAUUGACUCCAUGAUGUUGGUUGAGGAAGAAGAUGGGGAGACAGCAGACCUUUUUAAAGUGAACAAAAUGGCAAAUCCACAAUUCCAGAGACUCUUCCAGUGUCUGCACCACCGGGCCCUCAACCCUUCUGCUCCGCUGCCCCCUGUGGAGCCCUGGCUGAAGGAGGUGCUGGAGAGACCCCAGGCUGUGACCGCUCGCUGCCAGGCCUCUCUGAAGGAGCUGCAAGGCCGCUUCCCGCUCAAGGAGGCCAUCCGCAAGAAGGAGACCAAGACCAGUGCAGAUAUAUUCGGUAAUGAAGAGGAGCCUGACUCCAAGAAGCCAAAACUAGAGAAGGAUGAAGAAUUCAAACUAACUGAGAUAUCAGAUGGGACUAUUACUGCUGUUGGCAGUGUAGAUCCGUCCCGGGACUUUCGUUUCCUUGUCUGCCAGAAGAGCCUUCCCUUUGGCCAGGUGUGUGAGCAAUUGACGCACAGGAUUGAGCAGCUGCUGUGCAAUAAGAGCACCCAGUUUUACUUGAAGAGUUUUUCCUGUAUCCAGGCCUUCAGAGAGCAGUCUAUCCAGGUUGGGGAGCCCACUAUCUAUAAUGACUAUCUGCAGUCCCUGAAGAGAAGCAUCCAAGACAGAGGCCUUCAAGGCUUUUGGGAGCUGCUGGUUAAAGAUAAUAUCUCCCUGAUCAGCAAAGAUGAGGUCGAAUGCAGUGCAGUAUCAAAAGCAGAAGCUGAUCAGUUCUUGGCAGCAGAGGAGAAGCCAGCUCUGGAAACAGGACCUAUUGCUGAUGAAGAAGGAGAUGUGGAUGAUCUGGUGAGUAGAAAGUUCUGUGAAGUAUUCUUGUGUGCCUCUUCUCUGCCUUAAUGACUAUGUUUUGUUUAAUAAUUGCUGUCAUUCUUUAGUGCUGUACUCGAUCUGUGCUGGAGUUAAGCUACAUGUCAGGAGUUCCUCUGCGGUUUGUGAAGAAAGUAAUUGAGCAACUAACAAAUCAUACUUUUAUGUUCUUUGAAAGGGCAUUUGAUUAGUAUUUUCAUACAUUUAAAGUUUGCAAAAACAAAUUCAGUCCUUUGUUGUACUGUGCUGUCCAGAUGAGCAGUAAAUUAUUUCUAUUUUGGAGGGGUAUCGUGUUCUGAUGUGCUCCUCUGUCUCCACAGCUGGACAUGAUGUGAGCCAGAGAGCGAUCUGAAGAGAUGGGCCCCCAGACCUGCUGUCAUUAAAUGGCUUUCUAAUGUCUGCUUUUCCUGUACUUUCCUACAGCUUUCUCAUUUGAAGGUUUCAUAUCUAUAGUUCUGCUGAAAUUUAGAGAAUUUACAAACACUUUAAACACUAUAUAUAGUAUUCAGUGAUGGUACAUUAAAUAAUAAAGAGUGUAUCUCCAUGAACAAGAGGGAUUAAAAUAAUUUCUAGAAUGAGUUUCAACUGGCAUAUUUCUCUGGAGAUAGCAGGACUAUAAGAAACUUUUGGAAGCCGAAGGCUUUCUUACUUCACUCUUUAUUUUCCUUAAAUGUUUAGUUGGGUGAAUUUGUCUGUAAAUCUUGUAAUUUUAGUUAUUGACGGUGAAAGUUUUCAAUAACUUUCAAUAGCAUUGCUGGUUUAAACAAUCAAAUGAGAUGUAUUUUAUACGAGUUAAUAAAUAAUUUUUUUUCACAAAAAGCAUUCUCUGUCCCUUAUUUGGUGGAACCUAUUCUACAGAUAGUGAACAGAAAAUGAAAACUUCAAUGUGAUGUCACCAAUGUAAAGUUUUGGCCACCACAUGUUACCAGUACAGCUUUUAUGCAGAAUGGCAAGAAGUCUCCUGGUGUCUGAAUUUCUGCAGGAGCAUCAUUGACUUUAUCCUGGUAGAAUCAAAUUACACUUGGUUGAUUCCUCAUCAGCAACAUUCAAUGUCAUUAGGUGCCAUGCCAAAAUAUCCCAUAAAUGCUUGUUAAGGUUCAGCUCUGACUAACAAAGCCUGUAACAUGGAUAACAUUGCUCAUCAAACCUAUGGUCAACCACACACAUUCUGAGGAGGAGGUGAUUAUCAUUUUGGAAGAAAUGCUGCAACAUAGCGUGUAGAUAUUUAUUCAGUACCACGAGGUAGCCAUUAGCACUGACCACGUCUUCCAAAGGAAUGAAUACACCCAAACUAUACCCAUACCCUUCACUGGUAGAACCAAGCACCCAGUGUUGUUGAAUUCCUUAAGCUGGCACCUCAUCUGUUUAUCACAAGGUGAAGAAUGGUUCAUCUGCCCAUAUAACAUUUCUCCACUGCUUGGUAGUCCAUAGUCUGUACUCUUUACACCACUGUGCUUGAAAACAUGCAUUACUAGUUGUGAUGAGUGAUUUAUGGACUGCUAAAUGCACUCCAGAUUUAAAAUUGUAAUUCUUGAUCUGCACCUUUUUGCUUGUUUUGCUUUCACUUCAAAUUAAUGUACAGAUACCAUGUUGAUCAUGAAACAUCAUUAAGUUCAGUUGCUUUGAUCACUGUACCCACACUAUGCCCCAACAAUCACCCUCUCACAAGGUCUCCGCUUGCUGCCAUCCAACCAUAAUAACAGGCAACCAGGCCUGUCCACUAUUUUUAUACAUGACCCUAAGCAUGCUGGAUUCAAUUAGCCACACCUACAAAUAUUGCAUUCAGGCACAUGGCAAAGACAAUACAAGCCUUACUUGAUCUGAGAAGUUGCUUCAAUUGAAUAUUUGCAUUUUGUUUCUAGUCAUAAGUGUGGGAUUUGACUUCCCUUAAAAAAUACAAUGGUUAAAGCUCCAACAUUUUUAAGAGCUCAAAUUAAUCUUAAAUCAAUGAAGGAUUUGAUUGUGAAGGCUCAUUUGGAAUAAAAACCAACAGGUAUGUGGGUGACCAGGACCAGCAUUGCAAACCCCUAGUUUAGAGUGUGACACAUAGGAGAUAACAUAGCAGACAUACAACACAUGCUGGCGUGUCAGCUACAGUUACAAAAGAAAGUAAGGAAGUUAGACAUUUUUCAACAGUAAUAAUAGUAAGUCUAUAAUAUUUAUUUACAGAUCCAAGUGCUCAUUUUUCAGUCCUCUUUGGGUUUGCAUAGUCAUCUGGGUAUAUAAUAUAAUUUUGACUUCAGGACAUUAGUAAAGUGGCUUUAGUACUUCUAUGCUGGACAAGUCACACAUCAAACGGCAUGAUCAUCACCUAUAGUAUUAAGCAUAGAAACUUUAAACAAUGUACAAUAUUUAAAAAUGUCAAAACAAAGAACUGAAAGUAUUAAAGAAUAUUUGAAAAGGUUAAAUAUA